AUGCCGUCAGGAGCAGGCCCAGGCGUCCCUCUCGACAAGAGGACAACAGCCUACGAAAACAUCUUCGGUCGGCCUUCCGCCAAACCAAAGGGUCCACAGCCACAUGCUUUCAACCAGCCGCCUCACAAUCCUGGCGCCGGCGCAUUUCGAGCUCCUCCCAACUCGUACGCCGUCAAUCAGCGCUGGAACGGCGCGCCUCCCGCCGGCUAUGCCGCCGCUCCCUAUCCGAAUGUGUACGGGGAUGCAGCAGCCCAUGCGGGACCGUCAUCGUACUAUCCCUCGCCCUACACAGCAGCACCGCAGGAUGCCUAUGACCAGCACGCCGACCGAAGAAUCAGCACCGUCCCCUCGAUCGCGAGCUCCGAUCCCAGAACUUCCAUCUCGGGCUACUCGCAGUACAGCGGACUCGCAGCCAGCGCAGCAGACGCCUAUCGCGGUCCAUCCGUCGCUUCGCCCGCCAGCGCUUACGCCAGUCAUUACCUCGAUCAACAGCAGCAAUCCAAUGGCUUGAAUUCGACGACCAAUGGCGCCAAUGGCAGUACCAACGCUGCAUCCUAUUACCAACAGCAGCAACAGGCGCAUCUCAGCUACCCGGCUUCCAGCGCCAUCUCUCCUCGCGCUUCGAUCAUCUCCAACUCGUCUCCUCCACCGACGGGAACGGAUGCCGUCGGCACCGAUCUGAGGCAAAGCCUUGACAAAGUGACGCUCGACUCGAGCGACAGGCCACCGCGUUUGCCAAGCAUCGAGAGCACCGUGCCCAUCGAGCAGAGCAGCUUUUGGUUUGGCGAGUCCGAUACUGCACGAGUUCCCAUCAGCCCCGCGUCUGGACCCAGUCGUCGACUCAGCAGCUUCGGCUCGCAGGGGCAGACGGCCGCUCAGUUUGCCAUCACGCCCACCUCCGCCGCGGCUUCACCACGCAUCGAUGCAAGCAAUGUCACGUCCACCGACUCCACCGCCGUCAGCAGAGAUGCGCGCGCUUCCCACGAUCAGGACGUCUACUCCAACGCCUUCUUCGAAAACCUGCUUGGGACACGCUCGCCUGCGUCUUCCAUCUACGGCGAUGGACGUAGAAGGGGCUCCGUCGAAUCGGAUACACAGUCGAUCGUCAACUCGAUCUACAACAUGCAAGGCGCUCAGAAUGGCUCGCGCGCUUUCUAUGGAUCCACCACCACCCUGCCGCCCAACGCCAGCGGCUAUUUGGCUGGCGGGUCAGCCCUCAGCACCAUGACGCCAUACAACCUCUCCGGCGCCGCCAUCAACAUCGGUCCCAACGCUGGCUGGGAUCGACCGCCGCGUUCACGCACCGCCUCUUCAGCGACGCAAGCAGCGCAAGCCGCCUAUGCGCCUGGGUUCUCGAGUCAGCAUGCAGCGUACGACGCUAGCGAAGCUUCCACCAUUGGCAGAGGGGACGCCCGUUCCCUCUCGUUCGGGCAAACCGCGUCACGGCCCUCUUUUGCCACCACCACAUCUCCUCAUGGCAGCAUCGCAGGAACGCCAUCCGCAGCCGCUACAAGUCGCAGAGGGCCUCUCGUCUACCCAGCGAUGCUCUCCAAGGUCGCAGAGGCUUUCCGUGCCCGCGUCAACCUCUCCGAGCGCACCAAGGACGGUCUCACCUACAGCGAUGCCUUUGAUGGUCGCGAAGCCGUCGACAAGAUUGCCUACAUCAUCAAGACCACCGAUCGCAACCUCGCGCUGCUGCUCGGGCGUGCACUUGAUGCGCAAAAGUUCUUCCACGAUGUCACCUACGACCAUCGACUUCGCGACUCGGCCUUGGAGGUGUAUCAGUUCAAGACGCGCGUUCCCACCACCGGGUUUGGCGUAGACGCCGGCUUUGACGACGAACGCAGACCUUCGUCUGGUGGUCCACCGGCCCCUUCGCGCGGCAAUUCGGGGUCAAGUGUGGGUCCCAAUUCGUCCGUCUCGUCCAUGACUUCGAGCAAACAACCCGCAUCGACAUCGCGCUCGCCAGCUGCUACUACACCCGCCACCUCGAUCUACAACGGCAUGCACUCCGGCUCUGCAAUCGAUGAUGACGACGACGAUGAUGCGCUCCCCACGGGUGUCUUUACGCUCUUGACCGAUUGCUACUCGCCGACCUGCUCUCGAGACCGUCUGUGCUACAGUAUCGCCUGUCCCAGGCGUCUCGAGCAGCAGGCUCGACUCAACAUGAAGCCUCAGCCCGUCCUGCAGCGCAGCGUCAGCAAGGAGUCGCUCAACGACACCAAAGAGCGAGGCGCCUUGUGGGCCGAUUCCGUUUCCAAAGAGGUCUUUGACAGUCUCUCGGACACGGAACGCAAGCGACAAGAGGCCAUCAAUGAGGUCGUCUACACGGAACGUGACUUUGUCGCCGACAUGGAGUACCUGCGCGAUCAGUGGGUCAAGCCGCUUCGAACCUCGGACGUGAUUCCAGAAGACCAUCGCGAAGACUUUGUGACGCAGGUGUUCUGGAACGUCCUCGAGAUCCAUGCGGUCAACGCCAAGCUCUCCGAACUCCUCACCAAGCGCCAGAAGCAAGGCGAUGUCGUCGACCGGAUCGGUGACAUUCUGCUCGAGAUGGUGCCGCACUUUCAGCCGUUCGUCAAGUACGGUGCGCACCAGCUGUACGGCAAGUACGAGUUUGAAAAGGAGAAGGCGGCCAACACCGUCUUUGCCAAGUUUGUCGACGAGACGGAACGAUUGCCACAGUCACGUAAGCUCGAGCUGAACGGCUACCUCACCAAACCCACCACCCGACUUGCACGAUACCCCUUGCUGCUCCAGCAAGUCGAGAAAUAUACCCCGGACGACCACCCGGACAAGCAGACCAUCCCCAAGGUCAUCAAGAUUGUCAAGGAGUUCCUCACCAAGGUCAAUGUUGAGACGGGAAAGAGCGAGAACCGCUUCACGCUCGCACAGCUCGACCAGCAAUUGGUGUUCAAGCAAGGAGAAGCCGUCGAUCUGCGCUUGCGCGACGAGCAACGAGAACUUGUCUUCAAGGGACCGCUCAAGAAGCGAGGUGGCACGCAGAGCGAAAGCGCAGAGCUGCAGGUCUUCCUCUUCGACCACGCCCUCCUCAUGGUCAAGCCCAAGAUGGUCAACAAGCACGAGCUGUACAAGGUGUACCGCAAGCCUAUUCCUCUCGAGCUGCUCAUCGUCACUGUGUACGAUGAGGUUCCGACAGGCAAAGGCACCUCGACGCGGCCCAAGUCGGUCAUGUCGCGCACUUCCACGGGUACGCGCUACAGUGGCACGCCUGGCACAGCUCCCAAGCAGGACGCCAAGACAGGCUAUGCGCUCACCUUCACCUACCUGGGCAAGAAGGGCUACUCGAUGACGCUGUGGGCCAGCACGUUCGUCGGUCGCAAGAAGUGGUUCGAGAACAUCGAGUCCAGGCAAGAGAUCCUCCGACAGCGCAGCAACAUCUUUGACACCAUCACGGUUUCGGAGAACUUCUUCCUUGGACUGAACCGCGUCAACUGCUCCGUUCCGUUCGACUUUGGCCGCAGGAUCAUCUAUGGCACGGACGACGGUGUCUACCUCUCGGAUCUGCGAGAGAAGGCGCGACCGCCCACCAAGGUGCUGCCGCUGCCUGGCGUCACGCAAGUCGACGUGCUCGAGGAAUACCAGAUUCUCAUCGUGCUGGCGGAGAAGUCGGUGCACACGUUCACGCUCGACGCUCUGGACCCGUCGGAUCCCAUGGGCUCGCUCAAGCGUGGCCGUCGCAUCUCCUCGCACACGUCCUUCUUCCGUGCAGGUAUCUGCUUGGGUCGCACGCUGGUCUGCGUUGUCAAGUCGAGCUCGCUCUCUUCCACGAUCAAGACGUUGGAGCCGAUCGAGCAGAACGUGCGAGGCAAGAAGCAGCCCACAUUCAAGAAGCUGCUGCAGGGAGGGCAGGACUCGCUGCGCGUGUUCAAAGAGUUCUACAUCCCGACCGAGUCGAGCUCGAUCCACUUUCUCAAGACCAAGCUGUGCGUCGGCUGCACCAAGGGCUUCGAGAUUGUCGAUCUCGAGACGCUCGACACGCAGGGAUUGCUCGAUCCUGCGGACAACUCGCUCGACUUUGUCCACCGCCGCGAGAACGUCAAGCCGAUCGCCAUCUACCGCAUCUCGGGCGAGUUCCUGCUGUGCUACGACGAGUUCGCCUUCUACGUCAACAAGAACGGCUGGCGCGCCAAGGGCAACUGGAUCAUCCACUGGGAAGGAAACCCGACCUCGUUCGCCUACCACCAUCCGUACGUGCUUGCCUUCGAGCCGAGCUUUGUCGAAGUGCGACACGUCGAGACGGGCGCGCUGCACCAGGUCAUCACUGGCGUCAACCUCCGAUGUCUGUUUGCCGAUGUGCCCCCGCCCACGCCGAGCGUGCACCAGCAGAACGCGCAGGCGGUGGCGGCGAUGCGAGCCAACUCGUUCAACGCGGCUAUGGCGGGUCAAUACGGUCGCCCCCCGAUGGCGCCUUUGCAGAACAGCAUGGGUCCCCCAAUGGUGCCCUUCCCGGGCGCGCGACCGGGCUUUGUGCCUCAACAUGCCGUCAACGGCGCUAUGGUUGCCGGUGCACCCGGCAUGCCGGGCUUCGGUGCUGGUGUUCGACCUGGCGCGCCGCCGAUGCGGCCGGGAGCAGCACCCUUCCCAGGCGCACCUGGCGCACCCAUGGGUCACCCAGCAGCGGCAGCACCAGGAGCGGUCCCCUUCCCGCCCGCCGUCCGACCACAGAUGCCGUACGCCUUCCAACAGCCACCAACACCCCGACCUCCACCGGUGCAACGCAACCCCGUGUGGGAGUCGGUCGCUGCCAGCCGCAACCAGAUCGUCUUCAUCGGCGACACAACCGUCUUCUGCGUCCGCCUGCAUACGGACAAGGACUCGAGCAGCGGCACUGUCUCGCCGUCGAGCUCGAUCAAGGGCUGA